GCUUUGUCAUCAGUGCACACUAAUCCUCACAAAUGCCGCCCUCUCUGCUCUCCCAUCGCGUUGAAAUUCGGACACCGAUCAUCCUACUACUCGCCACCAUUGGCUUGCUCUUGUGCCGAAUUCGUCGAUUAGAUUGCGUAGGGAGGGCUUUAUCCUUACAGCGCAAAUUGCAUUCUACUUGCCGGGGGAUGCAGAAAUUCACUUUGUGCUGCGACGAAGCUUGAAAGGAGCUGGCAGGGAGAGUUUACUCGGCACAGUGGUGGAGUUCAUCGCAUGCGAUAGGAAGGUGAGAUAACCAGAGGCAGUGGAGCCUUGCAUUCUCGCGGAACGGUGUGCAGUGGAGUCGACGUUCGCUAGCUUGGCGGUGGCUUUUUAUUUUUUAUUUUUUGCUGAGAUAUUUCAAGGUUCUGUUGAAGAGUGAAAUAGUUUCUCGUUCAUCUGCGUGGGCGUGCGGCGAUGAGAGGGACAAUGGUUGAGAGUUUUUGAAACGUUGCACUUCAAGUCCUUAAUGAGAAGACUGACGUCAGAAGUAUUUUCGGAUUGCUAAGGAUUAAAUAUUGUGCAAAAUGAGCAGUGCGAAAGUUGUCAAUCAUGCACUUUCAUGUCACCGUUUGAUUCAUGCAAUCACUAAGGUGGAGAAUCCAAGCACGAUCAAAAACUCGAAGAGUGUUUUCUUUCGAAAGGGCGGCCUGAUAGCUUUGCCACGUCAACAAAGAUUCACAUCUCGCCACCAUAGUCACAGGGAAAGAAACGUUCGGCAGGUAUCUGCUACAGUUUUCAACGGAUUACCAGAGCCGUCGAUAAAUUUUGAUGUAGAGGCGUCAGUGGCUGAAGCGUCUGCGUUGCUGGCGCUUUCCGCCGACUUGGACUGGCAGCAAUAUGCUGCUAAGCUUCGGGAAGAGGCUCUUGGGGCGUUUAGAAAGCGGAACGAGAGGGAGGUGGCUUUGGAGCAAUUAGGGGAAGAUAUGCGUAACUGGUUGCAUGAUAGCAUGUACCAGAGCAUCCUGCAAUCGUCUCCCUUGCAGAGUGUCCAAAAUAUUGCGGAGGAUGAACUCGGUGUUAGCAUUCGGGUGGAGGAGUUGCAUUGGCAAGCUGCUUUGCAGGCGGCAGAGGAGCUAGCGAAAGGAGUGGACAGCAGCUUUGAUUGGGAAAGCGAGGUUUUAGAACUACGUCAGUGUGCCAUAAACCCAGAACGAGCUGACUUUGAACAGAAACUAUGGAAUUCGUGGGAAACCGCUCGAGAUAACAUGGACAAGAAUGCCAAACUUAUUAUGCACGAUGAAGCACUGAAAGUGCAGUCACCAAGUGAUUCGUAUUUGACCUUGUUACAAAAGGACAAUAGAGAUGAUUCGGUGGCGCAAGCAAACCGUUCAGGCAGGGCUCAUGAAAUGUCCCCCUCAUUGUGGGCAUUAGGACUAGGAACGGCAGGGUGGUUUGGAAGCCAAGUCAAGAAUGCCUUGGCUGCUGAAGAAUCGGUUUCUGCAGCCAUCACUGAAGCUGCGUCAAAAACUGCACCAGGAUGGGUUGCGCCCUCAGUUUUGGCCUUUCCAGUGGUCUCAUAUGCCCUUUUCACUCUGUAUCGUCAAAAGGUGAAUCCAUAUGCAAAGCUUAUAGACUGGGUGUUUGGACUCGUAGCGAUGGGAAUUAUUGGCAACAUUGUUCUCAUCAAAACAGUUGGGGUGCGAUUGUAUUAGGAGAAAUCCUUCACUGGCCAGUAAAAAGCUCGCAAGACCAACCCUCUGGAAUAGAUCGCCGACCAGAAGGUGCUAACAAAGAAAAUCCCUGAAGCAGUGGAAUGAAAGUUUAUCAGAGACAAACGGUUUCUGCAACGGUUUCUUCAAGUCUUCACUUGUCCAGUUUGGUUGUCACAAGAUUCCACAAUAGUUUCUACUUGCAGAAUCUGAGAUAGCGGUGUUGUUGUGUGUAAUGCCAAGUGUUGCUGAAAUUAGUACGAAGGAAGGAGCUACAACCCAAUUGGCUUUCACAUCACGAAGCUUUGCAAAUAGGGCUCGAUCAUUGCUGUAUGUAUUCUACGGGUAUCUUCUUAGCAACUCAAACGAAGUUUGCAUCAGUUGCAUUGUGUAAAUCAUUGUGCCUUCACUUUGGAGAACACUGGAUCUGAAAAUGGCCAUGGAAAAUGUUUAAUGAUCAAGAAACACUUCGGAUGUUGGACCAA